UUUUGUCUCGCUGCCGGCUCUCUAGGGUCACUCUCCGCCGGCGUCCGAGCCCCACGCGCUCCUCUCCUCUCCACCACCGCCGUCGAGAUGCUGGCCUGCGGCCUGGCCUGCGAGCGCUGCAGGUGGAUCCUGCCCCUGCUCCUGUUCAGCGCCAUCAUUUUCGACAUCAUCGCGUUGGCCGGCCACGGAUGGCUACAGUUGAGCGGUACCGAAGAGUACUCCUCGCUGUGGUCGCGGUGCCUCGACGGCAAAUGCGACAGCCUCAUGAAAUUUGCGUGGGGAAAGGCAGCUGCCGCCAUGCUCCUCUGUGGCUUCAUCAUCCUGGUGAUCUCUUUCAUCCUCUCUUUCUUUGCCCUCUGCGGAUCCCAAAUGCUUGUCUUCCUGAGAAUGAUUGGAAGCCUCCUGGCCCUGGCUGCUGUGUUCCAGAUCAUCGCCCUGGUAAUUUACCCUGUGAAGUACAACGAGACCUUUAACUUGGCUAACAGCCCUGGUGGCAUCUACAUCUAUGACUGGGCCUACGGCUUUGGGUGGGCGGCCACGAUUAUCCUGAUUGGCUGUGCCUUCUUCUUCUGUUGCCUCCCCAACUAUGCAGAUGACCUGCUGGGCAAUGCCAAGCCGAGGUACUUCUACACAUCUCCCUAAGAUGGAAUGAACGGGGUCUAUUAAGGACUAAGGAGAAGAGGAAGAUAUUGGUAAAAAUUGCCAGUGACCAAAUAUUCUAAAAGAAAUGCAAAAAAUAAAUAUUUUUUCAAACCUUCAGCUAUUUAAAGAAGCCAUAUCAUUUCCUAAACGCAUAUCAUUUGUGAGGAUUUCUAAUUAACAUCAUGAAUAACUGAUUUGGGGCUAAGCUUCCCGUUAACUUGAUAUGGCAUCUAGGAAAGUAUUCUUUCAUAGCCAAAGCCUGUUGCAGUAGUAAGACCUCCUUAAGUAGUGAAAUCUUAAGAUGAAAUUUUCUCUUUUAAAGUGGUUUGUAGGGUUGGGGUGUGGUAAAGUGCUACUAAUAAUUCUGCGCUGUUUGGUGUCUAUAUGUUCUAGACUAGGGUAGACUGGAUUAAAAGGUGGAUUAGUCUAAUUCUUCGUAACCUCUAGGUGGGAUUAGGUUGUUUAGUAAACCAGUAGGAGGGCCAUUCCCAUCACAAAAGUAACGUGAAAACAGCCUAAAGAGAAGAAAUGGCUUGAAUUUUUCCCCUUAGGCUUGACCAGGCUCUAAUCGUGUAGACACAGCUUCUGAUAGAUUGCAGCUGUAAUCAAAAACUCAAAUACGGUUAAAAACCUGGUUUCCCUUGGUAAACAGAUUAAAAAUAUCUGAGGUAAAACAUGCAACAGGAGAAUUCAGGGAUGUGGGAUUUCUCUAAAUGGCAAAUAUGAUAUAUCACAUGGAUUUUUUUUUUUAAUAUUUGUACUUAUGUAAUGAAAACCAAUUCAUUUUAUGUAUCAAAUUAUUAUAAGUUGUAAAAAUAAGCAGUUGCAGUUUUCAUUAUGAAUUUUUCCCAAUAAACCAGGUGUUCUAAUCUUGUA